UGGGGCCUACAAUCGAAAAUUAUUAUCGUACUUUCGAGACAAUCGAUAAUUCCCAUCUCACCGUCGUAUCGAAUCUACCAAAAACGGUGAUAUUCAGUCAUAUUAGAAUUGUCAACCCUUUCAUCUAAAGCUGGACAAUCAAAACAUACGAGUAUUGAUAACUAUGGCAACAAUAGGGGAACCUCUCACUUUAGCAAGAGAUGUACGAAGAGCUAUCGAGUUGCUGGAUAAGCUACAGAAAGGUGGAGAAGUACCUACAACGAAACUAGCAGCUUUACAAAAAGUACUGCAAAGUGACUUUCUAAAUGCAGUCCGCGAAGUGUAUGAACACGUUUAUGAGACUGUCGAUAUUCAGGGAUCUCAAGAUGUCCGUGCAUCGGCAACUGCUAAAGCUACAGUUGCUGCAUUUGCUGCCAGUGAAGGGCAUGCCCAUCCAAGAGUGGUUGAACUUCCAAAGACCGAAGAAGGUCUUGGAUUUAAUGUAAUGGGUGGAAAGGAACAAAAUUCUCCAAUUUACAUAUCAAGGAUUAUACCAGGGGGAGUUGCUGAUAGACACGGUGGUUUAAAAAGGGGUGACCAACUGCUCUCGGUUAAUGGAGUGUGCGUUGAAGGUGAAAAUCAUGAAAAGGCAGUGGAACUAUUGAAGCAAGCACAGAAUUCUGUAAAACUAGUGGUGCGUUAUACUCCACGCGUUUUAGAAGAGAUGGAGCUUCGUUUUGACAAGCAAAGAGCAGCUCGCAGGCGUCAACAUGUGCAAUAAAUAACAUGAAUUACAGCUAAUUAUUAUUAAUUUGUUGGGCGUGACUCGUUUCAAUCGUUAAUUCAGCUUUUCUCAUCUCAUAAGACUAAUUCUGUUAAGUAUUUCUAUAAUAUAUUACUUAUAGUUUUACUAGAGAUCUCUGUAAGUUAUAUAUAAGCAUAAAUAAUACAAUAUACUA